AUUUUUAUCUAAUUUCUUAUUUUUAAACUGUGUAUAGUUAUAGUAUAAAUAUAGUAUAUUUAUAAAGUUUUAGCUUUUAGUUUUGGAUCUGUUUUUGGCUCUUUUAAUACUACAAUUGAUUGCUUCUGUUGUCCUCAUUUGUAAGUUGCUUUGGAUAAAAGCGUCUGAUAAAUGACUAAAUGACUAAAUAAAUAAAUAUGUUUUUUGAGGUCUGUUUUUUGGAGAGGUGAUGGAAAUGGUCCGUGACUCGUCCUGUAUCGUCACUGGUGUGUGUCUGCUGUUGUGUAUCUGUCUUCUGACAGCCGUGUCGAUCUGCUCACAUGCAGGUGCUGCCGAGUGCUUCGCCAUGGCAACCAAAAUAGUAACCCAGCGCUGCCAGGAGGAGCAGAUGGAGCAGAUGUCUCACAGCAUGCAGAUGUCGUCCCAGAUCAAGAAGAGAAAGUUCAAAUCCAGUGAUGAAGAGGCUUCUCUGAGUGAAUUCUAUCCCAUCAUUCCUGGUGACGUCAUGUCUGUGAAGGAGAUCCUGACCGAACCCAAGUUCCCACGCCACCGGACAUGGGAGGCCCUGAGAGAGACGCUGUCCAGUGAUGAGCUGCACCAGAGGGACCAGUGGACGCUGUUCGGGAACGAGGCUGAGAAACUGGAGAUCGGUGUGAUCAGAAACCAGCGUGUCGUCCGUGAGCGAGUGGAUCGAUUGGCUCUGCGCUGGGAGGCCGAGAGAAAAGCUUCACUGCACAUGAAGUUCAUUGAGGAUCUGAGCAUGAAGGCUCCUGAUUUCCCCGUCCCGCUGCGGCCGCACGCGGUGUGGGCCGGGAUGGACGUCAAACUCUCCUGCUUGAUUCAGGGCUGCCCGGUUCCCAGCAUCACAUGGUACAAGGAUGAUGUUCCUCUCCGAGGUUCCCUUCCGUGGAACUACAAGCUGACGCAGAAGUGCGGCCUCGACGUUUUAGAGAUCAGGAGAUGUUCUGCUGAAGAUGCUGGAGAAUACAAGUCUCAGAUAUACUUUAUUCUUCCAUUUGCAGCACAUGAAGGGGCCGAGGCGAAACUGAAGCGCUCGUGGACGCCCAUCUCAGUUCCAGAGCCGGACGCUCAGCUGGCCUCCACCUUUCCUCCAACAUUUGUGAAAGAAGGUGAUAACUUGGUUCUGCAGUGCAGUUUCACCACAGCUUUACUGCCGUUCCAACAGGAUGUGACCUGGUACAGAGACGGGCUGGUGUUGCGUCAGUCCAGUCGUGUGGAGCUGCAGACGGGUCUGCGAUCUGCCAGUCUCACCCUGAAGCGAGUGCACAAGGAACAUGAAGGCCUGUACAGCGUCCGCCUGCGCACCUGGGACGGGACCGUCGAGCACAGCGCCUACGUCUAUGUCAAAGAUGGACCUGCGGUUGUGGUCGGGGCUCCAGGUUCUCCUCUACAGGUGAAGUGUUCUGAUGUGAGCCGGGAUUACGUGUUCCUCUCGUGGAUUCCUCCCAGCGCAGACGGAGCCGCUGCUGUGCAGGGUUACUUCAUAGAGAGGUGUGACAUCGGUGUUGGGAAGUGGGAACGCUGUAAUGAUGUCAUCCAGAGGGAGUGUCAUUAUCCCAUCAUGGGAUUGAAGGAAAACACAAUGUACCAGUUCCGCGUGUGUGCAGUCAACCAGGCCGGCGUGGGCCGUCCGUCUAAAGCCACUGAGCCCAUCCUGACUUCUGACCCCCUGGAGCCCAGCAGGACUACGGUGGUGAAGGUGGAGCGCGGGAGAGAGAUUGUGAUCACUAAGGACCAGCUGGAGGGUCAAAUCCGAGUGCCGUUCCCCCCCACCGAUGUGCGAGUUUGUGAGCUUAGCGACACCUACGCCGUGCUGAGCUGGACUGAACCGGAUCCGCGGGGCAGAGAGCCUCUCACUUACUCCGUGGAGCGGUCCCUAACAGGGAAGGAGAGCUGGCAUCUGGCCAGUAUGGAUAUGACGGUCCUGUCCACAAGAUUUGUGGCGUUUGACCAGCAGAAGGGAAAGUCAUACACUUACCGCGUUCGCUCUGUUAACAAAUAUGGCAUCAGCGAACCAUCUCUUCCCAGCGAACCCAUCUCAGUGGGACAGCCGCUAGGAGUUCCUGCCCCACCACACGGCGUCCUUUCCAUCCGAGACACCAACAGUUCACUCCUGUUGCAGUGGAAGGAGCCCAAAAUAACAGAGGGCAUUGUGGGAUACUAUCUGUACUGCAGUGAGGUUGGAAGUGGACAGUGGAAGACCAUCAACAAUAAGCCCAUGACCAAAACCAGGUUUACAGUUGAUGGCCUGAAGACUAAUAAAGAGUAUGUAUUCCGGGUGAAGUCCGUGGGACUGGCGGGAAACAGCAUCUACUCUGAGGAGUCUCCUGCCAUUCAAGUGAAAUCAGCGAUAUGUGUUCCGUCCCGUCCAUCAGCCAUCGCUCUACUGCACUGCACCGGAGCAGAGAUGCUGAUUGCCAAUAAAGCAGCCAAUCACGGAGGAUACCACCUGCACCACAACUACAAAUACCAGAGCUACAAACACAGAUCACCUUCAAACACAACCAAAGACAAGCCCACUAAAGAGCGAGUGUACGAGGUGACAGGCCUUCAGGAAGGAAGUUUUUACCAGUUCCGAGUCUUCGCAGCCAAUAUCGUUGGACUGGGUGAGGCUUCUGAAGCCAGCGAGCUGUUUUUGUGCGAGCGCUGGACGAUGCCUGAGCCUGGUUGUCCGUAUGAUCUGGAAUUUAGAGAAGUGAGGCGGAACUCUCUGGUGCUGCUGUGGGCGGAGCCUCUGUACAAGGGCCAAUCAGAGAUCAGCGGGUAUGUAGUGGAGAUCAGCGAGGGGGCGGAGUCUGAGGAUUGGACCCCCGUGACGAGUGAGCCGGUGACCGAAACCCACUUAAAGGUUUCAGGUCUGCAAGCAGGUCAGACGUACCGCCUCCGUGUGUCUGCCGUCAACGCUGCCGGAGUCGGCAUGUCUUCAGUGGCCUCGGAGCCGGUGGAAGCGCAGACUAAAGCAGGAACCAAAGAGAUUGAGAUCGGAGUCGAUAACGACGGCUUCAUCUUCCUGGGCUUUGAAGCUCCAGACAGCUCUGAUAAAGACGUCUUUAAGUGGAGUCAGAACUACGGGAAAGCGAUUGAUGCUGGACGAGCCCGACUGGAGAACAAAAACAACAGGUCUGUUCUCACCUUCACGGACGCCUCGGAGCAGGAUUUGGGCCUUUACACGGUGGAGCUGAGCGGAAACCCUGCCGUCUCCUCUAGUUUCACCUUCACUGCGGAGGAUCUGGAGAGGCUGACAGAGCUCAGCUGGCAUGUGAGAAACCCACUGAUCGCCCUGAAGUCUGAAGGCUGGCAGGUGGACGUGUCCGAGCAGGGAAGUGUCCGUCUGUGGCUGCAGACCGAGGCUCUCAGCAGCGCCGCGGUGCUUCGGCUCAUCCUCAAUGACUGCGAGAUCUCCAGCACACCGACGCGUAAGAUUAACUUUGACAAGGCACAGGGUCUGGUGGAGAUCCUGUUUGAUCAGAUAUCAAGAGACGACGAGGGCUCGUACACCGCACAGCUCAAAGACGGCCGGGCCAAGAACCAGUUCACUCUGGUGUUUGUGGAUAAGAAAUUUCGGGACACACUGGCCAAAUCUCAGGCCAAUAGACACAACUGGAAGAGAAAGUCGGGUCCCCAUUUCCAGGAGUUUGUGUCAUGGACAGUGACUUCAGAUUGUGAAAUGAUUAUGAAGUGCAAGGUCACUAACGUGAGCAAAGACACGCGUGUGAAGUGGUUUAAGGACGGAGUGGAGCUUCUUCAUGCGGUGUACGAGCCCACGGGGGUCAGCACCUUCACCGUCCCGCAGGUGACGAGGAAGGAGCUGGGUGUGUACAGAGCCGUAGUGUCUGACAGCAGAGGAGAAGACGAGAGCGUCCUGGAGCUGAUCGAUGACGAGUUUGAGCGUCUCCUGCAGCAGCUCAAUAAACAGUGCGCGCUCUCUGCUGGUCCAGUGGGCAUCCAGUGCACUGCGCAGGGCUUCAAGCUCUAGAUUCCCCAUAAAAUAAAACCUGAGCAUAAUAAAAACAAGCAAUAUCAACUAUAUGUAGACAAGAGAAUUGAUCUGGAGGAGCGGAGCAAGCCGGGCAGCAGCAUGCAGAAGGUUUGGAUUGAGAUACUGGGACCCACUGAAAAGGAUAAAGGGAAGUACACCCUGGAGAUGUUCGACGGCCAGGAAACACACAAGCGCUCUCUGGAUCUGUCUGGACAAGCCUUCGCAGAUGCUUUGCUGGAACACCAGAGACUGAAGCAAGUGGAGUUUGCUGAGAAAAAUCGAGCGCGAGUCACAAAGGGCCUUCCGGAUGUGGUGGCCAUAAUGGAGAACAAGUCUCUGUGUCUGACGUGUUUUGCCGAAGGCGAUCCUGCACCAGAAAUGUUUUGGCUGAAGAACGACAGAGAAGUCACCUCCACCGGCCAGUAUAACAUUAAAAACGAGAAUAAAUCCUCCACUCUCACUAUAAACCAUGUGACCAUGGAGGACUCGGGCAACUAUAGCAUCUUCGUGCGCAAUAAACACGGAUCGCAGACGGUCCUCGUGACCGUCAGUGUGUAUAAACGCGGUGACAAGCCUCGAGCAGAUGCAGUGCAAAUGUAAGCGAAGCCACAGUGAUUGAGACUGAAGUUAUAUUUUGCCACGUCAGUGAUGAGUGAAUCGUUUUAUUAAAGUCAACAAUGGCCUUAUUUACAUUUUGGAGUGUGUAUGACAGUGUCUGAAAUAAAUGUGUGUUCACCCUCAGUCCAUCCAAGAUGUAGAUGAGUUUGUUUCUUCAUCAGAUUUGGAGAAAUGUAGCAUUGCAUCA